AUGUCUCGUCCAGUCCACCGACUGGUCCAUUCGUCACGCCAAACCUCGUCUGGGUCGUUCCACGCCGGCGCGCCGGUGCCUUCGGUCGAGUCUUUCUUGAAGCGCAAAUCGUCCCAGCGAUACCAGACCUUUCCGUCCCAGCCGCCCAAGUCACCCCUCGAGCAGCCACCCAUCGGAGAUCUCUCCUCUGAUUCCGACGGCUCCCCGUCCGACGACGACGAUGACGAUGAUUCCAAGGCGACCCCGUUGCCAGUCCGCCAGCUCCUGCUGCUAGCAUACCUCUCGCUGUCGGAGCAGACGGCGCUCAAUUCCAUAUCCCCAUACCUUCCCGAGAUGGUCGAGUCCAUGCCCGAUAUCCCAGAGGAGAGUAGCGGCCUGUACAUUGGCAUUCUGGCAAGCGCAUUCGCCCUCGCCCAGCUGUCGACCAAUUUCCUCUGGGGGUACGCCUCGGAUAUCGUCGGUCGGAAGCCCGUCCUGCUGCUGGGGACCUUCGCCCUGAUGCUGUGUUUUCUCGCCUUCGGAUUCUGCAAAUCCUACUGGCAACUCAUCCUCACGCACAUCGCCAUGGGUAUGCUGAAUGGGAAUGCCGCCUGCGUGCCCACGGUCCUGGGCGAGGUCACGGACCGAUCGAACCAGAGCCGGGCCUUCACCUACCUCCCCGUCAUCUACUCCCUUGGCAGCAUUACGGGCCCCGCCCUCGGUGGGCUCCUGGUGGGGAGGAUGGGCUCAGAGUACCCGUACCUGGCGCCCAACAUUCUUGGAGCUGCCAUGCUGGCCAGCAGCUGUAUCGUUGUGGCAAUCUGGUUUGAGGAAACCCUCGACGAGGAAGACGCUGUUUCCUUCGUGGUCCCCUCCUGGGUUCGUCGAAUUGGCUCGUGGGCAUCGCCCAGGCGGCUAUCGGUGGGUGGGAAGGGCUCGCUGUCCAGGAGCAACUCCUGGAGCGCUCGAUGGCCGCGCUCCCAGGCGGCGCAGCGGCCACUUCUGUCUCGGUCGCCUUCAGUGGACAGCAAUGGUGACGAUUCGGAUGACCAGAGCAGUACAUCCACACUGAACGGGGGGACGCCAUGGAAGGAACUCCUCAAUCGGACCACCCUGCUUCUUCUCGCUACUUAUCUUGUUUUCCAACUGUCAAACAUCAGCUUCAACAGUCUCUACCCCAUCUUCGUGGCCACCUCUCCUCCAGCCGGGCGCGAUCUGAGUCCCGGGAAGAUAGGACUCACUCUCAGCGCUGCGGGUUUCACCACGAUCGUGUUCCAAGCCUUCAUCUUCCAGCCAGUCAAGGCUAGGCUGGGGAACAUGGGGACGUAUCGGAUCGCGCUCCUCGGUAUUGCUGUCAGCAUGGUUUUGAUGCCCUGGGUCGGCCACUCCGACGAUCAGCCGCUCUUCGGUGUGUGGGAUGGCAAGGUCUGGCUGUAUAUCGAGCUGCUGACUGUGCUGGUCGUCAAAAACAUCUGCGCCGUCGGCGGUUUAUCCAGCGUAAUGCUCCUGAUAACCAACUCGGCUCCGUCGCACAACAGUCUCGGCACACUUAACGGCGUUGCUCAGACGCUGUCGGCCCUAGGAAGAAGCAUUGGCCCUUUCGUCUCCGGCAGCCUGUUCGCCCUCUCCACGAACAUCCAUCCAAAGGGAGAGGUCUUGUCGUGGACUCUGUUCGGAGGCCUCGCCCUGUGCGGCUGGGUCGGCUCCCUGUUCAUUCACUCGGAUGCGCUGGAAAGCGACGACUGGACGGGUUCUAGCGAGCAUCUGGAUCACCCUGAUGAUGACGCUGUAUGA